AUGGAGGAAUGCAAGCCAAGUGCAACGCCAAUGAAUCAAAAAGAGAAAUUCAGCAUUGAAGAUGGAGCUGAAAAGGUUGAUGAAAAUUUGUACAGAAGCUUAAUAGGAUGUCUGAUGAAUUUGACUGCAACCAGGCCAGACAUUACCUAUGCAGUAAGCUUGCUGUCAAGAUAUAUACACUAUGCUAGUAAGAUUCAUUUUAAGGCAGCCAAAAGAAUCUUGAGAUAUAUCAAUGGUACUAUUUUUUAUGGAGUGAAGUUUCAGCCUGUAAAAGAUUUCAGUCUUUAUGGAUAUUCAGAUAGUGAUUGGGCUGGGAGUAAUGAUGACAUGAAAAGAACUUCAGGCUACUGUUUCACAUUUGGUUAUGGAAUUUUUUCAUGGCGUACAAAGAAGCAAGAAGUCAUAGCAUAA